GAAACAACAUCAAUUAAAAAAUGAAAAUUUUCUACGUUCUUGUUAUUUACAUUCUGUUGAAUGUUGUGGAUGCAAAAGUUUAUGAGUUCUGCGACUUAGCUCGAAAGUUGCAUUGUGAUCAUGGAUUCAAUCGAAAUACUUUACCAGAUUGGAUGUGCUUGAUUCAAGCUGAAAGCAGUUACAAUAGCAAAGCUGUUGGGCCUCCUAAUAGUGAUGGAUCGCGAGAUUAUGGACUCUGGCAAAUCAAUGAUAGAUAUUGGUGUAAAAAUGGAAAGAAGGGUGGCGAUUGUAAUAUGGAUUGUCAAAAACUUCUUGAUGAUAAUUUAGCAGAUGAUGUGGUGUGUGUUAGAAAAAUUCAUCAGCGCCAUGGUUAUAAUGCAUGGUAUGGAUGGAUAAAAAGUUGCAAAGGGAAGGCGCUCCCAAAUACAGAAAAAUGUUUUUAAUCAAAAUUGUACCGAAAUAUUGCGAAAUAUUUCUUCAAAAAGCGUUUCAAUAAAGGUUGAAUUAAUUGAUGUUAUGCAUCGGUUAAAUAUAACUUAAUCACACUGUUAAUAGACUUCACAC